UAUGAUGUGAUCACGUGGGCGCUGUGGCACCAACACAGGGUGAAGAAAGAGGAAAUGGCGAUGCUUGGAGGCUUUAGCGCUACACAACACAAGAAAAACAUCUCUGACACCAACAGCGACGUGUCAGAAUUUCUCUGUCCAGUUUGUCUCGAAAUAUUCGACAGUCCCGUUACAACACAAUGCGGCCACACGUUCUGCCAGAAUUGUUUGCAGGAAUGUUUGCGUCCACAGAAACCUGUGUGUGCUGUAUGUCGGGCUACUCUUGGCCAUUGCACUAAAGCUGUGGAGUUGGAGGCCCUGAUCCAAUCAUCUGUGGCAGCUUGCAAAGGAUGUGGAACUCAGGUUGGCCUUUCUCAGAUGCGAAGCCACACUGCAGCUUGUCUAAAAUACCAGGAAUACAUUGAGGAAGGUGUGAGGACGACUGCCCAGAGCCAGCCUGCUAUCAUCAGUCCAGUGCCAAACCGUUACACGUUUACCUGCCCUUACUGCAACUGCCAGAACCUUGAUCAGGAUGGCCUGGUUGAACACUGCACUACCCAGCAUGCUCGUGAUGCACGCCAAGUGGUUUGCCCCAUCUGUGCCUCCAUGCCAUGGGGGGAUCCAAACUACAGGAGUACUGACUUUUUCCAGCACCUGAAGAUUAGACACACUUUUUCAUAUGAUACCUUUGUUGAUUACUCUACAGAUGAGCACACAAUGAUCCAGGAGGCUCUACAACGCUCCCUUUUGGACAACUGAAGUGUGAAGAACAAUCCGGGGUUGGGGGGACCGGUGAAGGAAGAGGAGAUGGCAAUGUGAUGUCUUGAGAAGACAUAACAAUACACGUGUAUCCUCAUUUAUUAUUCACAAAGCUGGUGAUACUUGCAGAUCAGUUUCACAAGAGAUUGUACCCAUGACAUUAGAAGUUUAUUUUGGCAUUAAUAAACCACACGACACAGUGUCUAAUUUACGUGUGAUACUGUGUUGUAGAUGAUAAUCUACUAUCUUCCUCCCCAGUCAGCCUGUUGAAUAUUUACAAUCCAGUUGAGCUGUUCACUACUGAACAACAGUGUGGCAAAGCGUCCAUGCUACAAAUCAAAUCCCCGAUACUUGUAAUAAGAGGGUACGGUUGCCAGCAAACUUCACCCAAGAAGUCAAGCCAUGUUAGUAACUGAUAGGAAUUUACUGACUUGACUCAAAAGGGACAUAUAUUUGUUAUUUUCCUAUUUUAUUUACAGUUCUGUUUUUAACACUUUGGUGUAUUGUGUGUGUGUAUGUGUGUGUUCUCUGGGUUCUUGAAUAUCUACUAAAACGAUAAUAAUAGGACGGUAAAACAAACCCAGAGGUGUUUUGAAUGUUUCUCCCCUAUCAGUGUGCUUGAUCGCAGGUCUGGUUCCAAAACCAAUAGAGCUGAUGGUUCACUCAACAAACUAAUGCAAAUAGAGUACCAUUCCUUAGGCUGUUACAUACAGUAAAGCAGCCACUUGAGUGAUGUUCAUGUGGAGAAUUGAUUUGCAUGUGUUUGUCCACUUGAGGGCAGUAGCGUCCCACCCCUGCCAGCAGCAGUUGAGGGUGUUCAAUGGUUCAAUGUAUUACUUUUAUUACAAUAUAAAUAGAUAAAUACAUGUACAAGUUAGAAUUGCAGAAUAACCACAGCUUUACGUGUAGACACUUUGUCACAUCAGAUAAAAUGUAUCAUACUGUGUAUGUUUGUUUCGUCAUGUUCACCACCUUGGUUGAUCGACUUAAGACUUUAAUCACUGCUGACUAUCCUGGAAAAUUAAAAACAAACCCAAAAAAUGCCAGUCGUGUGCUUCCUAAAGCACAUUGUUUUUUUUCUGUGAUAAAAGCCCAUUGUUGCAUACA